CCGGAUCUGUUGUCAAGAGCUAGGUCUAGGUCUUCACUCCAUUGGAAAUACUAGCAGACAAUAGGCCUAUGCGAAGCUCUUUCCGCCCGUUUCCGACAUAGCCUAAGACUUUCCCUUUAAAAUUUGUUUUUAGCACAUGGUGCCCACUUUCUGUGACCCUUUUUCUGUGAAUGUUAGCUUUAAUCAAGUAGUGUUGCUGCGGCAGCUGAGCUAGAUGAUUUGCACCCAAGCCAGGUUUACCGGUAGUGAAGCCCGUAUACGCGGAGUCACUGUGAAGCUAUGGUCAGGAGUUGUACCUGUACCAGAUUUCCUGUAUUGUCUUAGCUGUUGAACAGAAGGGACCAGACACAUGUACAUGCACAUGUAAACACGUACACGGGGAUAGCCGGAGGGGAGUGGUCUACACUACGAAGCAACGUGAAACGGCUGACAUUCGUGAGCGAUAUAUCGGGCCUAUUUGCUACACGCUGUGCCGUUCUGAAAAAAUCAUCUUGCCAAGCUCGCUCUGCCGACAGCUGCUGGGUGAAGACGAUAUUGGGUAAAGACUUCCGACAAUUUCGACGAUCGGCGAACUGCGAUAUUUUAGCCGGUCAGUCUGUGGGUAGCUCUGCGGGUGGAGAAGCUCCCGCCUUGCCUGUGUCUUUUCAUGGAAGCCCAGUGUAUCAGCGGACAGGUGUGAUUAAUGCAAUGGGUGUCCUGAGCCACAAGACACGGUGCGGCCAGUGCGGUAUUCGGUCUUUCGGCGGUUGACGAGAGUGUAUGGUGUUGGGGACAAAUUCGGCCUGUUACUCUGGAUGGAUUCAUCCAUAGGAUUCCCAUCCAAGAACGUCCCAAUAUCUUGAACAAUUUGGAUGUUCAGACAUCGCAAUAGCUGCCGAUUGGAACCUCAAUCUACAUGGAACAAUAACAACGAGGAGGGUAACACUAAUGAUGGUGAAUCAUGAGUUAUGCUGUAAUAUUUGACCGACCUGCGUUUUGAUCAAACGAUGAGUCUGACAAGGACGCGCAGGUCGACCACCUUCUCGUCGAGUCCACUGCCAGAGAAUUCUCACUCGUCUCCCCCGCCAUCUUCGCUGUCGUUCCGUGUCGUGCUGCUCGGCUCACCAGGCGUUGGCAAAACAGCUUUGAUGGUGCGAUAUGUAACCAGGCGUUUCAUUGGAGAGUACGACCCUACACUAGAAUAUUUGUGCAGAUAUCAUGCAGCAGUUGAUGGAGAAGACGUUGUCAUGGAAAUUUUAGACACUGCUGGUCACGACAAGCACGGACACCGCAAUGCCUACGCGCUCUGGGGCGACGCCUUCCUCUUCGUCUACUCGGUAGCAGACCGACGGAGCUUCGAAGAAAUCUCGAACAUUAAACGAGAUGUGGAGAACGCCCUGAAGACGACUAGCUCGUUGCCCGUCAUCUUAGUAGCCAACAAGAAUGAUCUGCGCAAAGAAAUGAGAACCGUCACUGAGUCGGAGGGGAGGAAACUGGCGGAGGAUAUGGGCUACCCGUACUGCGAAAUCUCAGCCAAGGACGGCCGCCAGAUCUGGAACGUGGCCGAACUUUUCCACAACGCGUUCCGGGAGUGGAAGCACAAACGAGCAGACGAGAAGCACGAGAGGGCGCAACGCAAGGCUCACGGCGCCACAGCGCACGUCAAGCGAGCUAUGAACAAACUCAUGCGGGGACCAAGAAUGGGGCGCACUACGUCACUUUGACAUGUCUGAGUAUUACAAGGGUUUGGAACUGGGUAGUGUUGGAAAGGGAUUUACUCUACAUGACUGUUUUCGUGAAUGCGUAUUCUUUCUUAAUUCAUGUAAAUUUUGUGGUGUAUCCCACCUACACGUUCUUAGAUUAUAUCCCAAUCCCAGCUGCCUUGUGAAUUUGUAAUGGUUGUCCAUAAACUGAGCUUGGUCAUAGUCAACCCAGAAGUGUUUACAGUAAUGACAGAUUUAUUAAAUUAGAAGAUCUUUAGGGGAAAAAAUAGUUGAAGAUUUUGUCCUUCCCCUCUCAUCUUCUCGUGGUGAUUUCCACAUCAAAUUCAGUGAUAGGGCCUACAUGUUCCUUAAUAAAGCAUAAAUGACUUUUCAAUAUUUAUUAUUUACCAUUUGCCCAAGUUCAAAGACGGAAAAAUUAAAUGCUAAGAAUUACUUCAAAUGUGGUUGAGAAAAAAAAUCGUUUGUGCUUAUGUGUAGGCGCACGGCAUUGCUCAUACCCACUGCACUUUCCAAUCGAGGGCGCACGCUGAAAACAGGAUAUUCUACGCAAAGGAUCAGUUUACAGUCACCAUGAAGAUACCUCCAUUGCCGUCUUGAAAGAGUAGCUGACAGUAAUUAAUUUGUCUUAGGCACAGCUUUUCUGCAACUUUAUACUAUUCUUUAAUGUAUG